GCCCAUAAAGAGCGAUGCAGCCCUUUACAUCUGUGAUCCUGCUGUAUUCGGAGACUCUGUUCCCUUAGUGAUUCCAAUACCAUUGAAGGGGGCGAGUCAGAAAAGCAAAGAGUUGCUUGCCAGUUUGUAAGACUGAGGUCCGCGAGGAAUUCCUAGAAACCACGAGUAUAAACCGAUCGGAGAUGGGGUUUCCGUAUUAGCACUUGGGGUUUCUCAUUUCGAGUCAUCCAUAUAAAGCAAGCAGACUAGCCACGUUGGAAAGAGAACUUAUCUUCCUUGGAGCGUAUAGAUUUGCUAGUUCCUUGUACAUAGUCAGAUAGAGAACGAAGGAGCAUUUUUGUAAGGCGAGCAAGCAUGGCGAUUAACGAGGACAUUGAAAAUCAAGAAACUGGGGACAGAGGAGUAAGAGAGCGGCUCCUCGUGCCGCAAGAGAAGGACCGAGCUGGCAAAGAUGAGGGAACCGAUAAGGGUCGUCUGUGGAUGGUCUAUUUCACCACAUUCGUUGCAGUUUGCGGUUCCUAUGAAUUGGGGACCUGCGCAGGUUAUUCAUCACCAACUCAGGAUGCUAUAGUGGAGGAACUUAGUCUCUCUACAGCUGAGAACAGUGUUGUUCAAGACUCUUUGAGAGUUUUAGCUUUGGGAUUUAGUCAUAUCAUGGACGGAGGACGUGACAGCAAAAACAUUUGCCUCAAAAUGCAGACAAUGAGAAUAGCGAGUGCUCUUUGUGUAGCAGGAUGGCUUGCUAUUUACUUUGCUGAGGGAGCACUGGCUCUGGAUAUCAGAAGAUUGGCCACGGGAUAUGGAAUGGGAGUCUUUUCCUAUGUGCUUAUGAUCGUUGCUGGAGUGUCUGUUUCCUUCAUUAUCGGGACAGUAUUAGCUUGGAGGGUUUUGGCAUUAAUUGGUCUAAUCCCCUGUGCAGUCCUACUGUUCGGCCUGUUUUUCACUCCAGAGUCUCCUAGAUGGCUGGCGAAAACAAGCCGCGAAAAGGAGUUUGAAGCCGCGCUGCAGAAACUCCGUGGAAAGGAUGCGGACAUUUCUGAAGAGGCUGCUGAAAUACAAGACUACAUCGAAACUCUUCAACUGCUCCUGAAAGCCAACAUUCUCGAUUUAUUUCAGAGAAGAUAUCUGAGCUCUGUCAUCAUUGGUGUUGGAUUGAUGGUCGUCCAGCAGUUUGGAGGGAUAAAUGGCGUCUGUUUCUAUACAAGCAAUAUUUUUGAGGAAGCAGGUUUCUCCUCCAGUGUUGGAACCAUAACUUAUGCAAUCCUCCAGGUUAUUGCCACGGCUAUUGUCGCUGCACUAGUCGAUAGAGCUGGAAGAAAGCCCCUUCUCUUGAUCUCGGGGACAGGAUUGGUCCUGGGAUGCAUAGUAACUGCCCUUUCAUUCUUUCUAAAGGUUCAUGAUCUGGCAGCUGAUGCUGUCCCAAUACUUGCCGUCACCGGCAUUCUGCUAUACAUAGCAGCAUUUUCGGCUGGAAUGGGCGCAGUUCCUUGGGUCGUGAUGUCUGAGAUUUUCCCCAUCAAUAUCAAAGGAGUAGCUGGAGGUUUCGCAACACUUGUGAACUGGUUCGGCGCUUGGGCAGUUUCCUACACUUUCAACUACUUAAUGAGCUGGAGCUCCUACGGUACCUUCCUUCUUUAUGCAGUGAUUAACGCCACAGGGAUGGUGUUCGUGAUCACGGUGGUCCCUGAAACGAAAGGGAGGAGUCUUGAGCAGAUUCAAGCAGCUAUCAACAGAGAAUGAAAAAUGCCUGCACUCUUCCAUGUAGUCCCAUUUGAGCUUACAUGACUCUUGCAAUACCACACAUUCGGAGAUGGAAAAUGAUCAUGAAGCAGGUAACAGCAUCUUUUGUUUGAUAAAACGACGUUGUUGUUGAGAUCUGUCAGUUCAUUCGGUUUUAUUGCAGGAAAGAGAUGGGUUAUUUUACAGGAGAGUAGUGAUUGAUUUACAAGAAUAAUACUCUCAAUUGCUAGUGAAAAAGCACGUAUUGCUUUAUUUUUAUGAAUGCGAAUAUUGCAACUAUAGUCUUCAUGCGUGUCGGGCAAUGACAAAGCAAGUGACUUUCAAAUUGAGGCUCCCGUCCAUCUAUUGCUGGUUGAGAAAUUACUGUAUGGCUUUUAUUUUUCUUGUAACGGGUAACGAUAGUCUUUAGUGCUGUUAUUAAUCUUUUAGUUACAAA